GCCGAGGCGGCGCGCGGGGGAGGCCGGGAGUGCGCGCGCGGGCUGUGACGCAGCUGCGGCCCCGUGAGGCGGCGGCACCGCGGGCCCGACCCGGCCCGGCCGCUCCGAGCGGCGCUUCCCGGCACCCACGGUCUAGGAAGAAAACCUGAUACAUCCUAAAAAUGUUUAACAAAUCGUUUGGAACUCCGUUUGGAGGCAGCACCGGCUUUGGGACAACUUCAACUUUUGGGCAAAAUGCUGGCUUUGGUACCACCAGCGGAGGAGCCUUCGGGACCUCGGCCUUCGGCUCCAGCAGCAACACCGGCAGCCUGUUCGGGAGCACGCAGAGCAAGCCAGGAGGCUUGUUUGGGUCCACCACCUUCAACCAACCAGCCACCUCCUCCACCAGCACUGGCUUUGGCUUUGGGACAUCCACUGGGACAUCAAACAGCCUCUUUGGAACCACCAGCACUGGUGGAAGCCUGUUCUCAUCCCAGAAUAAUGCCUUUGCACAGAACAAACCAGCUGGUUUUGGAAACUUUGGUACGAGCACCAGCAGUGGAGGGCUCUUUGGGACCACCAACACCACUUCCAACCCCUUUGGGAGCACAUCUGGCUCUCUGUUUGGCCCAACCAGCUUUACUGCUGCUCCAACUGGCACAACUAUUAAAUUUAAUCCUCCAACCGGCACCGACACCAUGGUGAAAUCUGGCGUCAGCACCAACAUCAACACCAAGCACCAGUGCAUCACUGCCAUGAAGGAGUACGAGAGCAAGUCCCUCGAGGAACUCCGUUUGGAAGACUACCAGGCGAAUAGGAAAGGGCCCACGAAUCCUGUAGGAGCAGGAGCAACUGCUGGCUUGUUUGGCUCUUCCACUGCCACGUCCAGCACGGCCACAGGACUUUUUGGCUCUUCCACUACCAAUACAGGCUUCUCCUACGGACAGAAUAAAACUGCUUUUGGAACCAGUACGACUGGCUUUGGCACGGGCACCACCGGGGGGCUCUUUGGGCAGCAGUCCCAGACCACGAGUCUGUUCAACAAACCCUUUGGCCAGGCCACCACCACGCAGAACACCGGCUUCUCCUUCGGGGGCACCAGCACCCUGGGCCAGCCCAACACCAACACCAUGGGUCUCUUUGGGGUCACCCAGCCCUCACAGCCUGGAGGCCUUUUUGGGACAGCUGCCAAUACAAAUGCUGGGACUGGAUUUGGAACGGGAACUGGCCUUUUUGGACAAGCCAACACGGGAUUUGGUGUUGGUGGUUCGACCCUGUUUGGGAACAAGCCUGCUGGAUUUGGAGCCACCACGACCAGCGCUCCUUCGUUCGGUACCACCACGGGCGGGGGCCUCUUCGGUUUUGGUGCCAACACCGCUGGAAAUAGCUUGUUUGGAAAUAAGCCUGCGACUGGGACUCUGGGCACUGGGCUUGGAACAGGGUUUGGAACAGCUCUGGGGGCAGGACAGACGUCCUUGUUUGGAAACACCCAGCCCAAGCUGGGGGGAACGCUGGGAACGGGCGCGUUCGGAGCGCCAGGAUUCAACACAUCCACGGCUACCCUGGGCUUCGGGGCCCCUCAGCCUGCUGUAGCUCUGACAGACCCCAAUGCCUCUGCAGCCCAGCAAGCUGUCCUCCAGCAGCACCUCAACAGCCUGACCUACUCACCCUUUGGGGACUCCCCACUCUUCAGAAACCCCAUGUCAGACCCGAAGAAGAAGGAAGAGAGGCUGAAGCCAACCAACCCAGCAGCCCAGAAGGCCCUGACGACCCCCACCCACUACAAGCUGACCCCCCGCCCCGCCACCAGAGUGCGGCCCAAGGCCCUGCAGUCCGCGGGCUCGGCCAAGUCCCAGCUCUUCGAUGGGCUGGAUGAUGACGAGCCCUCCCUGUCCAAUGGAGCCUUCAUGCCAAAGAAGAGCAUCAAGAAGCUGGUUCUGAAGAACCUCGGCAGCAGCAACCUGUUCUCUCCUGUGAGCCGAGAGAAUGAGGACCUGGCGUCGCCGUCGGAGUACCCGGAGAAUGGGGACAGGUUCUUCCUGUCGGUGCCUCCCGAGGAGAACCACCGGCAGGACGGGGAGCGGGAGGAGGAGGAGGAGGCCCACGAGGUGACCAGGUUCUACACCAACCCUAUUGCCAAGCCCAUCCCCCAGAGCCUGGAGGGCAGCGGGCACAAGUCCCACUCGAGCGUGGACGACACCAUCGUGGCGCUGAACAUGCGCGCGGCGCUGCGCAACGGGCUGGAGGGCAGCAGCGAGGACGCCUCCUUCCAGGAGGAUUCCCUGCAGGAGGAGUGGGACAAGGAGAUCGAGCCUGGGCUCCAGCAGCAUCCUGCAGGGAUUGUCCUGACACGAGCUGGCUACUACACCAUCCCGACCCUGGAGGAGCUGGCCCGGCUGACCAACGACAGGAAAGAAUGUAUCGUGACAGACUUCACCAUCGGCCGCACGGGUUAUGGAUCAAUUUACUUCGAAGGAGAAGUAAAUCUAACAAACUUAAACCUGGAUGAGAUUGUACAUAUCCGGAGAAAAGAAGUUAUUGUUUACCCUGACGACGAAAAAAAACCUCCCAUUGGGGAAGGGUUAAAUAGGCGAGCCGAGGUGACCCUGGACGGGGUGUGGCCCACGGACAAGACGUCGCGCUGCCUGAUCAAGAGCCCCGAGCGGCUGGCCGAGAUGGACUACGAGGGCCGGCUGGAGGCCGUGUCCCGCAAGCAGGGCGCGCGCUUCAAGGAGUACCGCCCCGAGACCGGCUCCUGGGUCUUCAAGGUAGCACACUUUUCCAAGUAUGGCUUGCAAGAUUCCGACGAGGAUGAGGAAGAUCGUCCUUUAAAAGUGGACACCAAGAAGUUAAAGACCACACCUGUGCCACCCCCAGGGCACCUGCCACCCCAGCAGAUGGCCCUGAACGGCAAACCAGCGCCCCCGGCUCAGCCCCCGGAGCUGGAGCAGCUGGGCAGGGUGGUGGAGCUGGACAGUGACAUGGCAGACGUCACCCAGGAGCCAGCCCAGGAGCCCUUGGCAGAGGACGCCCUGGCCGAGGAGCAGGAGGCAGUGCCAGCGUCCACGCACAUCGCAUCCACCCAGGGCAUCAACCCCUACGUCCUGCAGAUCAUGAAAGCUUCCUUGCUUGCUGAUGACGACGACCUGGAUUUGAUCCUGGAUUACCCUGGGAAGCAGCCUGUCAGGAUGGACACUUCCCAAGAGAUCUGCUCCCCAAGGCUUCCCAUUUCAAAAUCACAAGGACAGAAAAGACACACAGCUGCUGGGCUGCUGCAAUCCAAGUUUGCCAGUGUCCUUUUCCAAGCACCGAGUGCUGCUGUGGCAGAUGCCAAGGGCCCCAGGACUUUGGGCAGUCCCCCCUGUGCCGCGCUGUGGUCGGCGGCGUCGCCGCUGGCCUCGGCGUUCGCGGUGCCCGCGGCCGUGCCCGAGGUGCAGGUGAAGACAGUGGGGGCCCGCCGGCAGCGCGGGCUCGUCCCUCUGGAGAGGUCCAUCACCUACGGAAAAGGGAAGCUCCUGAUGGACAUGGGGCUCUUCAUGGGCCGCUCCUUCCGCGUUGGCUGGGGACCCAACUGGACGCUGGUGAACUGUGGAGAUCAGUUGAGCGGCUCGAGUGAAGUGGAAGAUGCUCAGGUGGAGCCCGUGGAAUACGGAUUCCUGCCGACCCCCGUGGCUCCCAAAUCACUCACAGAAUCCCCUUUCAAAGUUCACGUGGAAAAGUUGAGCUUGGAACAGUGGAAGAUGGACAGAGACAAGGAGCUGUAUCUCACCCCUCUGGAGAUAAAGCUGAAGCACAGCACUGUCCAUAUGGAUGAGCCCUGUCCCCUCCUGGCCCCCAACCCCGGAGUCUCUGCCAUCCAUGACUAUGCUGACUGGGCCAGGAAAGCAUCUGAGGAUCCCACUGUGGCAGAGAGUGAGUAUAGAAUGAUCCUUCUCACAGAACGGUUUAGGCUGGCACAGCCCUGCCAGCCCAAGCAGUGCCAGCUGAGGAGGAGGACAUUGGAAGGUGUCCCUGCCACGGGCAGGGGCUGGAAUAGGAUGAGUUUUAGGAUCCCUCCCAGCCCCAGGCCUCGUGGGGCCGUAAGGUGUGCAGCUGAGGGUGUCCCUGCAGGUGACCACCGGCUGGCGCUGCUGCUGGCGCAGCUGGCCGGGAGCCAGCCCGUGCGGGACCUGCUGACGCUGCAGCUGGUGGACUGGCACCGCCUGCACAGCGACCGCUUCAUCCAGGAGGAGCGCCUGCGCCUCUUCGCCCUGCUGGCGGGCAAGCCGGUGUGGCAGCUCUCCGAGAGGAUCACUGUCAACGUGUGCUCGCUGCUGGACUGGAAGCGCUGCGUGGCCGUGCACCUCUGGUACCUGCUGCCCCCCACGGCCUCCAUCUCCAAGGCUCUGGCCAUGUACGAGUUGGCCUUUCAGAACACCUCAGAGUGUGAAAAAUACGCCUGCUGUCCUCUGCCUCCUUACCUGGAAGAUUCUGGGUAUGUCAUUGAGGAAGAUGACAACGGAGGAAGGCCCCUGAGAGAUGUCUGCUUCCAUUUGUUAAAGCUCUACAGUGACAGGUCCUACGAGCUUGACCAGCUGCUGGAUCCCAGGAGUGUCACCUCUGACCCGCUGGAUUUCCGCCUCAGCUGGCACCUGUGGGAGGUGCUGCGGGCCCUGAACUACUCCCACCUGUCCCAGCAGAGCUGGGGGGUGCUGAACACCAGUUAUGCUGCCCAGCUGGAGAGCGAGGGGCUGUGGGAAUGGGCCGUGUUCGUGAUGCUGCACGAGCCUGACACGCACGUGCGGGAGAAGGCCGUGCGGGAGCUGCUGAGCCGGCACUGCGCCCUCGCCGAGAGCGCCGAGUCCUGGGCCAAGGAGAGCUUCCUGACACAGCGCCUCUGCGUGCCCCCGCGCUGGAUUCACGAGGCCAAGGCCGUUCGGGCCAGGAUGGAGGGUGACAAGCACAAAGAGGCCCUUUUCCUCUUCAAGGCUGGGCACUGGAACCAGUGCCACAAGCUGGUUGUCAGGCACUUGGCCUCAGAUGCAAUUAUCAACGAGAACUACAAGUACCUGAAAGGGUUCCUGGAGGACCUGGCACCCCCGGAGCGCAGCGCGCUCAUCCAGGACUGGGAGCUGGCAGGGCUGGUCUACCUCGACUACAUCCGUGUCAACGAGAUGCUGGACAGGAUUCAGCAGCUGGAUGUUUCCACCUACGAGCUGGAGCGGUUACACACCAAAGUGACGUCCCUGUGCAACAGGAUAGAGCAGCUGCAGUGCCACACGGCCAAGGACCGCCUGGCUCAGUCAGACAUGGCGAAGCGCGUGGCCAACGUGCUGCGGGUGGUGCUGAGCCUGCAGCAGGGCCCCGAGCCGGGCCCCGAGCCCGCGGAGCCGCGCGUGCCCCUGCGGCUGCUGGCCCCGCACAUCGGCCGCCUGCCCAUGCCCGAGGACUACGCGCUGGAGGAGCUGCGCGGCCUCACCCAGGCCUACCUGCGCGAGCUGGCCCUGGCCGCGCACUGAGCGCCGCUCCGGCACGCCGGCANGGCUCCGGGAAGGGCGGCGGAGGCAGAGCUGCCCACGGGAAACGCUCCGAGCGCCGCGGGCACCGCGCCUGCGGGCACCGCCACGGAGGGGCUUCAUGCAUGAGGAGUAUCGAAAGGUUUUUAUCAGAAAAAUAUAAAUAAAUGCUCUAGAUUAUUUUCCUGUCUUUUUGAAAACCACAAAUAAAAUGUUUAUAGUA